AUUGAGGAACAUCUGCCCAAUUGACGGGCUACCUGUGUCGAAUUGUGCAGACUUUCGUUUCGCUCUGUGCAGUGGACUUUUGCGAAACAAAGCGACACUACUACUGUAGCUAUUGGAAAUGGAUCUGGUUUUGAAUUUUGUAGACUACCACUUCUUUACUCCAUAUGUUUACCCAUCAAGCUGGAGUGAAGAUGACAUGUUUCGACAAAUUCUUACUCUUCUUCUUCUAGCAAACAUCGGUGGAGUUAUCUUGUAUUUGGCAACUGCAUCGUUCAGCUUCUUCUUCGUAUUUGAUCGACGUCUUCUUCAACAUCCGCAAAUAUUGGAGAACCAAAUCUAUCUUGAGAUAAUGGUUGCCUUAAAGAGUAUUCCCUUCAUGAGUUUACCGACUGUGGCUCUUUUUAUGGUUGAAGUUCGCGGAUACAGUCGUCUUCACUACAUAAGCGUGUCGGAAAUUGGUUUAUGGAGGUACAUCUUUGACUUGCUCUUCAGUACUGUUUGCGUUUUGCUAUUUACCGAUUGUUUGAUAUACUGGAUUCACCGAGGGCUUCAUCAUCGAUUGGUUUAUAAGUACUUACACAAGGUUCACCAUAAGUGGAAGGUUCCAACUCCUUUUGCAAGCCAUGCAUUUCAUCCCGUUGAUGGAUUCCUGCAGUCCUUCCCAUAUCACAUCUAUCCAUUCAUUUUCCCACUGAACAAAAUUGUUUACCUUGUACUGUUUUUGUUUGUCAAUUUCUGGACUGUGUCUAUUCAUGAUGGGGAUUACAGAGUUCCUGAUAUUUUCAAGCCAUUUGUGAAUGGAUCAGCUCACCAUACAGAUCACCAUACAUUCUUUGACUACAACUAUGGACAAUUCUUUACAUUGUGGGAUAGGAUCGGAGGCUCCUUUCGUUCACCAACUGCAUUUGAGGGCAAAGCUCCUAUUGAUUAUGUUGUCCGCAAUGCUCCAUCCAAGAAUAAAGCUAGUUAAAUURUCCUACCAUAACAUUAAUGUUCAUUGAUUUUUUUUUUUUUAUUUCUAAAUAUGCUACUGAAUUCCAAAGCUGGUAAACUAAGUUUAAGAAGAUGGUCCUCCGUUCUUUUCUGUAGUGUGAAAAUAAUGUUAAUGAAUAAUGUCUUGUGCUUGAUCAAAAUCUGUAUUACCAUGGUAACAAGACCAUUGCUUCCCAAAGGUACACWAAGUGUUCCCAGACAAAAGAUACAAAGCAAGGAAAGCAAACAAUUAUAUUUACAUUUUCUGAUAUUUUGGGGUGAAUAAGUACUCAUGAUAGACAUUGGAGGAAAGUUGUUUCUGCCUCAAUAGUAGUUAUCCAGURCAAUCAAUUACCUUACUGAGAGACAUUGAUUCCUCAGUACAAUAAUAAAAUAUGGUUUUAAUAUAUUUAUGUCAGUGUACAGCCUUUUGCACAAAUUAUGAGACAUUUUUAUAUAUAUAAAU